AUGAAGGAUAUAUAAAAAGAAAAUGGUAGUUUUGAAGUUAUUUUAGGAUUGCUCAUCCGGCAUAUAGUCCAUCAAGGAUCAUUAUUCUUAACCUGCAAUUCAUUUCAUAAACAAGUAUUUAUUAUUUGAUGUAGAGAGACAAAGAGAUAGAGAGUUAUCAGUCAAAAUGAAUAGAUAUAAACAAGGAAGUUUAUUGUCUGAUUCAUAAUACUUUCGAUUUGCAUAUCCAAGCAAGAGGUGAAAUGGAUAUUAAGGAGCAGUCUUAAACUGAGAAUAUUAUACAAAUUGACGACUGAAACAAAAUCAGCCAGGAAAACGUGGCAAAUUGCAAGCAAAGGUUGUUCAUAAUGUCAGCUGUUUUGGGAAUCAUACUGAUGUCAGCCGCUAUUGUUUUUGUUGCGGUUCUUUUGCAGUUUCGGUUCGAGUCGCAGUAUACUGAUAUUCAAAAACAAUUUAACGAACUUAAAGAUACAGUUGAUAAACUAUCUGUUCAUAUACAGCUGAUUGGUAAUGAUACCGAAGCUCUUAAAUCUGACUUCCAUAAUAGCCUCGUAAAGAUCAAUAGUUUUCAAGAGUCAUUAGACAAAGUUGGUGAAAAUGUGCAAGAUGUAAGCAAUAUUGCUGAAAAGGCGAAAGAGAUGAAUGAUCACUCCAUCGCUACACUAAAACUCCUGGAACAAAAUAUAUAUAACAAAAGUAGUAUGAUGACAAAUGAAAGAUCAGAAAUACUUGCAAUUGUCGCAAAUAAUACAGGUGAUAUUGCGAUGUUAUCCGGACAUGUUAAGCAGAUGGAUGCGGAAACAAUUGAUCUCAAAUCAAAAUUUCACGAGCAUGAAGGUAAAGUGAAGGCAAUGGAAGAAUCUUUGGGAAAAGUAGAUGGGAAGUUUAAAGAGGUUAAAAACAUUGCGGCGAUAGCUCAAAACAUGAAUGAUCAAUCAACAGUGAAACUGAAGCUCGUGGAAGGAUAUCUGUUUAACAAAGAUGCGCUGACAGCUACUAUCCUGAUUUUAUUCUUUUUGAUAAUGGGACUGUGGAUAUACGUGCUAAAAAUUAAGUAGAAGCGCUGAAAAAGGUCGUUAAUCUAUAUCAAAUGAAACUCCAAACCAAGGAGAUAAUUCCAAGUUUUUGUGUGCUCAAUAAAUAUACGUACUCUAGAGGCCUUGGACGGUAAAAGUUGCUUGCCCCACGAACAUUUUCAUUUCGAUUUCACCGACUAUUUUUUCAGCGUAGUCGCAUAAUCUGAUGCCGUUGCUGUGUAUGUGACGGCGGAAAAACUUUCAUUUGCAUUUUUUAUUCAAUUUACAGUUGAGAACAUACAUCCUUAAAUGUUUAUUUUAUUGUACUAUUAUGAAUAGUUAACGGUAUAUAUUUGUUUAUAAAAUCCACUGUAUCUCUUGAGACUUUUUAUAAUAAUGGCUAUAUUUAUUUUAUAGUAUUGCAUGAAAUGAACGUUUGAGUCGGUCAUAUAUUUUUAACUGGCAUUAAGCCGGCGCAAACGAUGGACAAUCUGCAAUAUUUAGAAAUUCACCCGCUGUUAACGACCAACAUUUUGUUUCAGGCUCAAUUUCAAUCGUUGACUUCAAUUUAUAAACAGCCUGUCCAACAUGAAAAUAAUCAAUCACAAACAAAAGUCUCGAUAAAUGAUCUCAUUUGUGAAAACAUUUACACCUAGCAGAUCAAUUAAAAUCUUUAUCAACCAG